AUGAAUAGGGAAGAAUUUCAAGCGCAUUGGAGCACCUUGACAGAGAGUCAAGCUCCGCAUGCAGUAGAUGCAGCAUGGCGACGAUACCAAUCGUUGAGUACCAGCCAGCGAGAUGUGGACGACCCAUCAGCAGAAGAAUUCAUAGGAACAUUCCAGGACUUCUUGAAUGAUGGAAAUGUCAAGAAUGCCUUGCUCGAGCACAAGUUCGUGACGCUGGCAGCCAAUACUAUCCCAUGGAGUGCGACGGGCAUCCACAUCCAGCAGGGGCAAGUAAUCUCGACAUUCGCAUCAGGGCGAGCAUGGCGCUCCAGAGUCCUCGACAUGUAUCUACGACCACAAUUUGCACUCUGGUACAAAAUCGGACUCAAUGGCCGAGUUUUCAACUCAACAGGAGAUUCAAACACAUUCGAAUCAAUCGACGAGUCAGGCGAACUGUUCAUCGCAAACCAAUUCCCCGGCCAAUUCGGCGAACCCGACGCGGACUGGUCAUACCUGUGGUUUUUGGGAAAGUCGGAGAUUUACCAUCUUACCGAUUGGAGUGGGCAGCCGUGUAUGCAUUGUAAGCCGGAUCUGAAUACGGGGAUUCUGCAAAAGAAUCUCAGCCCGCCUCUCGCAUUUGAACCGAAUACCGUAGUGUCCUGGACAUGGCUGCUGAUGUCCCUUCCAUCGCGGCUGCGAGAAGACUUGACUUUCACACACGACUAUCUCUCCGUGGCUUUCGAAUUUGAGAAUGGUCGCGACCUGACAUAUACCUGGUCUUGGGAACUACCCAAGGACUGUGGAUAUUGGUGUCCAUUACCUGCUUGGGCUGAUCGAGAAUUUCACGUUGUUGUCCGCUCGGGUACGGAGGAAUUGGGAGAAUGGCUUGAGGAGAGGAGGGAUCUGUACGCGGAUUAUAUUAAGUAUAUUGAGCAGGGUCGUGAAGAUGAUAGGAAAAUGCCUAGGCAGGUGGUGAGAGUGUGGUUCAUUGCUGGCAAUCGAUGGCAAAGGUACGAAGGGGAGAUGUUCGUGAGGGAUUUGAAGAUUGAGCAGGGCGAGAGGGCGCUCGAGAUUUUGUAA